CUUCGAAAGCACUCGGAACUCAGAAGUCCCCCGUUCCCUUCGAGAUCUUACCAUCUCUUCUCCGAUCUACUAAAGCUUUCAAGCUUUCUCUCUUCUCUUCGUUCUUCCCCAGUCUCCUUCUCCUCAUUUCUUUAGUUUUCUUCGUUCGUUUCUUGCGAUGGCGGCAGCGAUCCUCAAGAAGGCGGCGAUGGUCUGCGGAUAUGGAAGGCCGGCCCCGGCGCCGAAGGGUAGGAGAGCGUACGUGACGUUCCUCGCCGGUGACGGGGAUUAUUGGAAGGGCGUGGUAGGGCUGGCCAAGGGUUUGAGGAAGGUGAGGUCGGCGUACCCACUGGUGGUGGCGGUGCUGCCCGACGUGCCGGAGGACCACCGCCGGAUCCUCCGCUCUCAGGGCUGCCUCGUCCGCGAGAUCGAGCCCGUCUACCCUCCCGAGAACCAGACCCAGUUCGCCAUGGCGUACUACGUUAUCAACUACUCCAAGCUCCGUAUCUGGGAGUUUGUGGAGUACCAGAAGAUGAUAUACCUGGACGCGGAUAUCCAGGUAUAUGAUAACAUCGACCAUCUCUUCGAUCUCCCGGGUGGAUACUUCUAUGCGGUGAUGGAUUGCUUCUGCGAGAAGACGUGGAGUCACACGCCGCAGUACAAGAUCGGGUACUGCCAGCAGUGCCCGGAUAAGGUAUCCUGGCCGGAGGACAAGCUGGGUCCGCCGCCGGCGCUCUACUUCAACGCUGGGAUGUUCGUCCACGAGCCCAGCCUCGCCACCGCCGAGUCCCUUCUGAAGACCGUCAAGUCCACUCCCCCCACCCCUUUUGCCGAACAGGACUUUUUGAACAUGUUCUUUAAGGACAUUUACAAGCCCAUCCCUGGGGUUUACAAUCUGGUCCUCGCGAUGCUGUGGAGGCACCCGGAGAACGUGGAGCUGGAAAAGGUGAAGGUGGUCCACUACUGCGCCGCGGGGUCGAAGCCCUGGAGGUACACUGGAAAAGAGGCGAACAUGGACCGGGAGGACAUCAAGAUGCUGGUCAAGAAGUGGUGGGAGAUUUAUAACGACGAGUCGCUGGACUACAAGGGGCCGGCGGUGGCGGAGGGAGGAGUUCCGGCGACGGCGGAGGUGGCGCAGGACGGGUUGAAGGCGCAGCCGCUCCUGGCGGCGCUGUCGGAGGCCAGGGCGGUAAAUUACGCCACUGCGCCCUCGGCCGCGUGAUGCGGAAAAACGGUGCAACACAUGGUUGCAGGGAUCUCUUUUUAUUUUUCAGAUCCAUUUUGUGUCUCUUUUGGAAAAAUAGAAUGUGUUUUGAACUAAUCAGUAGAGUUAUUCUUAUGCUUGAGUCCUUGUAGAUAUGUGUAAUUGAUAAAUAGUAUGUCUGUAUGUAAUAGAUUGAUUAAAGAAAAAGAAAAAAAUGUUAUUCAACUAA